UAAAAAAUCUGCCCUUCCCCUUUUCCUUUCUCCCUCAGAGCUCAGCUGAAGAACCCACCAAGCCUCUAGAGAUUGAAGCUAGAAACGGAAAGAUAUGAACUAACUUCAUUUUCUUUCUUUUGUUGGGUUUUCUAUUUCUUGCAUGUUGAUGCUAUUUGGUAGCUUUAACUCGCUACUUCCACUCACUUCAAACUCCUUUCGACUCUCUCAUGGCUAAUAACCCCCACGAAGCUCCCGCCGAUGAUUUCCUUGAGCAAAUCCUCGGUCUCCCUAACUUCGCGCCUUCGGAGGCGGGUUCAGCGGGACCCGACGGUGGAUUGGCUGGAACCGCUGCGGCGCCAAUGUUUCUACAGCUCAACUCCGGUGAUGGCGCCGGACAUCUCGGCGGAGUUGGAGGCGGUGCGUUUACCGGACAGGUUUUUCCGUUGGGGUUGAGUUUGGACCAAGGAAAAGGCGGGUUUUUGAAGCCCGACGAAGCUUCCGGCAGCAGCAAGAGGUUUCGUGAUGAAGUCGUCGAUGGCAGGGCUUCUUCUGUAAAAAACGUUUUCCAUGGCUCUCCAAUGCCAGCAAAUGUUGCCCCAUCGCCACAUCCACCAACAAUACGUCCGAGGAUGCGGGCUAGACGAGGACAGGCCACAGAUCCACAUAGCAUUGCUGAACGGUUACGCAGGGAAAGAAUUGCUGAAAGAAUCAGAGCAUUACAAGAACUUGUUCCUAGUGUUAACAAGACUGAUAGAGCAGUCAUGCUCGACGAAAUUGUAGAUUAUGUGAAGUUCCUGAGGCUCCAAGUUAAGGUUUUGAGCAUGAGUAGGUUGGGCGGGGCAGGUGCAGUGGCACCACUUGUAACCGAUAUCCCACUAUCAUCGGUUGAGGAUGAAAGUGGCGAGGGUGGAAGGAGCCAACCGGCAUGGGAGAAAUGGUCAAACGACGGCACGGAGCGACAAGUUGCCAAGCUCAUGGAACAGAACGUUGGAGCUGCCAUGCAAUUCCUCCAAUCAAAGGCCCUUUGCAUCAUGCCCAUCUCACUGGCCACGGCAAUCUACCACGCGCAACCGCCGGAUACCUCCUCCGUCGUUAAGCCCGAAACAAAUCCUCCUUCAUAGACCCGAGAAAGAAAGGAAACAAAAAAUAAGGGGUUUGAUGUCUGCCUAAGAAAAUACCGGCUGGCCCUUCAUGUCUUGACAAGUUAAAAGAUGAAAAAAGGGGGGCAAGGAAUUGUCAAACCUCACUUGAUAUGCUAUUCUCCUUUUUGUAUCAAAGGUGAGGUUAGUGGACAAUGAUGGAAGCACCUUUGUAGUGGGGGGCUCUGAUUUUUGGUUAGUGGGUUGUCGGCCCUACAAAAUAUAUAUAUUGUACUAUAGUGUUAUUGUAACACUGGUGUUUUCAGAGGAAAGGAAUGCACAGUGUAGUAGAAGAAUGGAUAAUGGUUGGCUACUCUAAAAUGCUUGUUGUUUUUAAAUCCAACUGAUACUUGAUAAUGCCUAACUUUGUUUCCUUGAAGUAAUUUGACUUGCCUUUUCCUAGUUGUAAUGGGAUCAUUAUUAUAAUGGGUCGGAC